GCGCGGCGCGCGCCGGGCUCAGAGCGCGAUGAGCGCGGGCUGAGGGAGCUUCGGGCCACCCGCGGCCAUGGUGGCGCACGACGAGCUGGGCGGGCUGCUGCCCAUCAAAAGGACUAUCCGGGUCAUCGACGCGCAGAACCAGCACUUCAGGGAGCAGGAGGAGCCAAGCACGAAACGGGUCCGGCCUUUAGCGCGAGUCACCUCCCUGGCAAACCUGAUCUCUCCUGUCAGAAAUGGGGCAGUUCGACGUUUUGGGCAGACAAUCCAGUCGUUCACCCUUCGCAGCGACAGCAAAUCCCCUGGCUGUGCCCAGAAGUCCUGCAGCAGAUCUGCUGCUCCUACCCCCCCUAAGAGAAGGAGCAGUGUCCUUUGGUCUGAAAUGUUGGAUGUCAACACCAAGGAAUCCCUGAGCACCAAAGAAAUCAAACGCCAGGAGGCCAUCUAUGAAAUGUCCAGGGGAGAGCAGGACCUGAUUGAAGACCUGAAGCUGGCCAGGAAGGCCUACCAUGAUCCCAUGCUGAAACUCUCCAUCAUGUCUGAGGAGGAGCUCACCCACAUUUUUGGGGACUUGGAUUCCUACAUUCCUCUGCACGAAGACUUACUGGCAAGUUUGGGGGAAGCAACGAAACCAGAUGGAACAGUGGAGCAGAUUGGGCCCAUCCUUGUGAAGUGGCUACCCCGACUCCACGCCUACAAAGGCUACUGCAGCAAUCAGCUGGCAGCCAAAGCCCUGCUGGAUCAGAAGAAGCAGGACAGGAGAGUGCAGGAUUUCCUGCAGCGCUGCCUGGAGUCUCCCUUCAGCCGCAAGCUGGACCUGUGGAGCUUCCUGGACAUCCCCCGGAGCCGCCUGGUCAAAUACCCCCUGCUCCUCAAGGAGAUCCUCAGGCACACUCCCAAAGACCACCCUGACAUCCACAUCCUGGAGGAAGCUAUCUCCAUAAUCCAAGGAGUCCUCUCUGAUAUCAACCUGAAGAAGGGCGAGUCUGAGUGCCAGUAUUACAUUGACAAGCUGGAAUACCUGGAUGAGAAGCAGAAGGAUCCAAGGAUUGAGGGCAGCAAAGCCUUACUGUGCCACGGGGAGCUGAAGAACAAAAACGGACACAAACUCUACGUGUUCCUGUUCCAAGAGAUCCUGGUGCUGACGCGGCCGGUGAGCCGCAACGAGCGGCAGGCGUUCCAGGUGUACCGCCAGCCCAUCCCUGUGCAGGAGCUGCUCCUGGAGGACCUGCAGGAUGGGGAUGUCAAAAUGGGGGGCUCCUUCCGAGGGGCUUUUGGCAAUUCUGAUAAAGCCAAAAACAUUUUCCGAGUGCGUUUCCAAGAGCCGGGCCCGGGCCAGUCGCACACGCUGCAGGCCAACGACGUUUUCCACAAACAGCAGUGGGUGAACUGCAUCCGCACGGCCAUCGCCCCCUUCCAGAGGAACAUCCCUGCCCCAGAGCUCAAGGAGCUGCCUGAGCUGAGUGAGGAGUGUGAGGAGAACAACCCCUCUGUGCCCAACAUCCCAACCCAGAGGCGCCAGUCGGGGAUUUCCCACAUGGAGCUGGACGAGAGCGCGGCCGAGUGCGGCUCCGUCCUGGACUCGGGGGAAACCAAAGGGCUGAAAUCCCACAGAACCUCAGCUGGGCACAGAAAAUCCAGGGAGAAGCAGCUCAGUGGGAAGAGGAAAGAAACAUUGGUGUAAGGAGAAAAAAAAAAAAAGAGCCCUGGUGCCACUCUGUUAAUUUAUAAAUAAUUCCUUGUACAUUUUUGUACCGGGGGCGCCUUCGGGGCUGCCCCACGGAUGAGAUCCUGGGUUUGUUUGGAAUGGCAGCUAUGGUGUGCAGUUACUGUUGAACUGGGCUCUGUUUUUACACUUGGAGGGGUUUCCAAAGCACUCAUGGCACAUCUGAAGAGCACAUUUGGCUUCCUGGGAGUUUUCCACGUCUGUGGUGGAGGACGGAAAAAAGGUGGAAUUUUGGGCGCUGCAAAAGUCCUUUAAAAAGUCCUUUAAAAAGUUCUUUAAAAAGUUCUUCAAAAAGUCCUUUAAAAAGUUCUUUAAAGGACUCAGCACCUGAAGUCACUCUGGUGUGUGGUUGUGGCAAUUCCUGCAGAUUUGCAUGAUCCAAAAGGAGAAAUCCUAAAAAAAAAAAAAAAACAGACCCCGAGUUCAACAGGCUCUCAAUUCACCUACUGGAAUCUUUGAUCUCUGUGUGUCCUUUGUACAUUCCUCUGUCUCACUCUUGUAUCCUGCCAACUAUUUAAUUUUUUUAUUAGGUUUUUUUUUUUUUGAGUUUGGGGUUUGGGAUUUUGGUUGGGGUUUUUUUUUUUAUUUGUUUUCUUUGAUUGGUUUUUUUUAUUUUUGUAUUUUUGUUUCUCAGACUUGGCAUUUCCUUUGCAGUACUUGAUCCUUCAUGCUCCAGGGGAUGAUGUCCCCAGAGCAAUCCACAGGCUGGGAGGAGACACUACUGAAAGAGAAGUGCUUUACUCCAGGGUGUAGGAAGGUUGUAGGCACGUUGUAGGAGGGUUUGGGGAGCAGUGAGUAGAGGGGUAGCAGGGAGUGAAGGUAGAAUUUUUGUUGCCUUUUGGAAAUGAAACACUUCCCAACGGGAAGCAGGACUUGGAGGCAACCAAGGGGUUCUUGCAUGUGGUAGAAAGGUAGAGAGGAAGUGUUGGAGGGGAGAGAGAGGAGGAGGAAAGGUUGUAAAUACUCAGGGUGGCAGCACUGCCAUCUUCUAGCACUCCAAAGAUCCAGGGAAAAUCCAGGGAAAGAUCCAGCUUGGGAAAGGUGCUGCAGAGCAGCCUGGGAGGCAAAGGGGUGACAGCUCUGAGCACAGCAGGGUGUCCCUGAAAUCUGGGACUGGGAUCCUGAAAUCUGGGAUUGGGGAACCAUUCCUGGAAUCUGGGAUUGGAGAGUGGGAUCCUGAAAUCUGGGAUUGGGGGAAGAACCAUUCCUGAAAUCCAGGAUUGGGGAGCAGCCAUUCCUGAAAUCUGGGAUUGGGGAACUAUUCCUGAAAUCCAGGAUUGGAGAGUGAGAUCCUGAAAUCCAAGAUUGGGGAACCAUUCCUGAAAUCUGGGAUUGGGGAACCAUUCCUGAAAUCUGGGAUUGGAGAGUGGGAUCCUGAAUCUGGGAUUGGGGAGCCAUUCCUGGAAUCUGGGAUUGGGGAACCACUCCUGCAAUCCAGAAUUGGAGAGUGGGAUCCUGAAAUCCAGGAUUGGGGAACCACUCCUGAAAUCCAGGAUUGGGGAGUGAGAUCCUGAAAUCUGGGAUUGGAGAACUA